AUGAAAAAAGUUGAUGAAGUUUUACAAGAGACUGGUCUUAUAAUAAUCACAUUUGCCGCUACUACUUUACCUUCCGACUUAUAUGUUGGAUACGAGAAACUUAAAAUACGACCAUACAUCCCAUUACCGCUUAAAUGUAAUAAGUGUUUUCAAUAUGGCCAUAUCUCUAAAAUAUGUAAAAAUGAUGACAUCUGCUACAAUUGCGCACAAGCAUAUCAUCUUAAUCCUGAAUUAAAAGAAAAAUGCACCUUACCACCACAAUGUACCAAUUGUAAAAACCUAAAUUACGAAAAUUGUAAUCAUCCAUCCGUAAGUCGAACUUGCCCUGUAUUUCUCAAAGAAAAAGAAAUACAAGCUAUAACAACAAUAGAAAAAGUAAGCAAAAAACAAGCCAUAAAAACAUACCAACAACGUCACAACAAUCCCACCACAACAUACUCUUCAGUUGUAAUAAGCAACAACAAAUCAUCAGAGAACAUAUCACCAAAUUCUCAAACACGACCCAUAAGAAAAUAUGAAGACAUAGCGAGCGAAGACACCACUGACCAAUCUGAUAUCGAUAAACAUAACACAUCAAAAAAGAAAAAUUCUCCCAGCAAAAAUUCAAUUAUUCUACCAAAAACAACAUCAAAGAGAACAAGAUCACAAGUUAAAAAAACAACUGGAAGAAUUACUUAA